CACCUAAAUCCUAAUCUGUCAUUCCUAAUCCUCUCAUACGAUCACUCUCUCUCUCUCUCUCUCUCUCUCUCUUUCUUUCACUGAAUUCUCAAGACGAACGUUCGCAAAACAAACAACGCUGCUCGCUCACUUAGUUGUUUUCUCUAACAGUUGUAACUUUGAAGCUUUUAAUUUCUUCGAUUAACUCGCUAUUUUGCAGGCCUUUUACAUUGUAAUGUUAUUCUGUUAUUUUUUUAAAAAAAAUUUCUACGGGUUUUUUAUUUGUUUUAUUCUAUAUAUUUGUUCUUUUUCUUCGUUUUUGUUAUUAUUAUUAUUUUUUGGUUUGGGUAUUAUCCAAUUAUGGAUGCAGGAUUUGUGAAUUCUUCAUCCAAGAUGAAGAUACAUUCUCGGUCCCCUCUUCAAGAUCAGUUUCUUCAGAGAAAGAAUUCCCGAGAAAAUUUGGACAGAUUCAUUCCAAACCGGUCGGCAAUGGAUUUCGAUUAUGCUCACAACAUGCUGACUGAAUGGAGGAAAGGUAAGGAAAACCCAACUAUGGCUGUGAGCUCACCAUCAGGAGAGGCCUACAGGAAGCAACUGGCUGAGACCUUCAACAUGAACAGGACUCGGAUCCUAGCUUUCAAGAACAAGCCUCCUACCCCUGUUGAGCCGAUUCCCCGGGAGUUUACUAAUUCUCUACGCCAUGAUAAACCUGUGAAACAGAGGCGAAAGAUUCCUCAGACUUCAGAGCGGACAUUGGAUGCUCCUGAGCUAAUUGAUGAUUACUACCUGAACUUGUUGGAUUGGGGAAGCUGCAAUGUUCUUGCAAUAGCUCUUGCAAACUCGGUAUACUUAUGGGAUGGUACAGAUGGUUCAACUUCAGAACUUGUUACUGUAGACGAAGAAAAUGGCCCUGUUACAAGUGUUAGUUGGGCUGCUGAUGGCGGGAAUAUUGCUGUUGGGUUGAACAAUUCCGAAGUACAAUUGUGGGACUCAGCUGCUAAUCGACUGUUGAGAACUCUGAAGGGUGGCCACAGACUACGAGUUGGCUCUCUGGCAUGGAACAAUUAUAUACUAACAACUGGUGGUAUGGAUGGUCGGAUCAUCAACAAUGAUGUAAGAGUUAGAUCACACAUUGUUGAAACCUACCGUGGGCAUGAACAAGAAGUCUGUGGCCUAAAAUGGUCAGCCUCUGGUCAGCAAUUAGCCAGUGGAGGGAAUGAUAACGUCCUCCGUAUCUGGGACAGAGCAAUGGCAUCAUCAAAUUCACCAACACAGUGGCUUCACAGGCUUGAAGAGCAUACAUCUGCGGUGAAAGCCAUUGCUUGGUGCCCUUUCCAGGGCAAUUUGUUGGCUUCUGGUGGAGGUGGCACUGAUCGAACCAUAAAGUUUUGGAACACCCACACAGGUGCAUGCCUCAACUCAGUUGACAGCGGCUCUCAGGUUUGUUCAUUGGUUUGGAACAAGAAUGAAAGGGAGCUGCUUAGUUCACAUGGGUUUGCUCAGAAUCAGCUUACCCUUUGGAAAUACCCUUCAAUGGUUAAAGUGGCAGAGCUCACUGGCCACACCUCCAGAGUUCUUUUUCUGGCUCAGAGCCCAGAUGGUUGCACGGUGGCAUCUGCGGCGGCUGACGAAACACUUAGGUUCUGGAAUGUUUUUGGGGUCCCAGAAGUGUGUAAGCCGGCUCCAAAAGCAGAUCUCGAGCCUUUUUCAAACGUGUGCCGCAUCCGGUAAUCAAGAACAUGUAGAAAUUUCAUCAGAAUUUCUUGGAACUAUUUAAUGGAAGUUGGAGAUGCAUAUUCUACCUUUGCAUCGACAAAAAUAGAAUAUAAUCAGCUUCAGUUUUGAAACAGAGGUUCCCUUGUAUGGGACAGAAGUUUUGUUGUGUUUUCAUUUUGUUUUUAAGAAAUCUCAAUAUGUACAUACAUUUAUAUACAAAUACAGAACCGUUGUAAACAUGUUGUAGA